CCCUCCAACAUGUACGUGAGCUACCUGCAGCUGGACAAGGACCCCCCCGUGUACCAUCAGAACCCAGUGAGCAGACACCCGGGCCUCAGUCUCAGCCCGCAGAACUACCCGGCCUCGGCCCAGUACUCGGACUUCGCGGGAUACCACCCCCACCAUCACGGUUUGGGCACAGACCCCCACUCUCCUCAGCAGCAGAGCGGCGCCUGGAACCCGGCCUACCCGCCUCCCCCUCUGCCUCCCCCGCCUCAGCCCGCGCGAGACGAUUGGGCCGCGCACCACUACGGAACCGCAGCCGGGCCUCCAGGGACCACAGUUCCCGGCGCCGUGGGCUCUAAUCUGGGCUUCGGCCCUCCAGAGUUCGCCGGGCAGCCGCCGGGUCUGCUGACCACCUCCCUCAACGUGCCCGCCGGUCAAGGGUCAGCCGUGUCUCCACAGAGGAGAACCGCCUACGAGUGGAUACGACGCGCGUCUACGCCGCUCGCAAACCCCAACGGGAAGACUCGCACCAAGGACAAGUACCGUGUGGUCUACACAGACCACCAGCGUCUGGAGCUGGAGAAGGAGUUCCACUACAGCAAGUACAUCACCAUCAGGAGGAAGGCUGAGCUCGCCAGUGCCCUCGGCCUAUCAGAGAGACAGGUGAAGAUUUGGUUCCAGAACCGGCGAGCUAAAGAACGCAAAAUGAACAAGAAGAAGCUCCAGCAGCCCGCCUCCUCCACCACGCUGACACCUCCCGCUGGGGGUGGAGGCAGUGUCGCCAUGGUUACCAGCAGCAGCGGCCUGGUGUCUCCUUCCUCUCUGUCCAUGAACAUCAAGGAAGAGUUCUGAACCACUUCCUGUCGGCCAUUUUGGAGACGCUUUCCUCCUCCUGAAAGUGGACUACGUUUCCGUGGCAAUGGCGCGCAGGACGAUAACGUUGAACGAGGAAUCCUGCUAACUUCACUGCUAACAUGACCUUCACAAAGGUCACAUAUCCCACGUAGCAGCUGUCUGCUGUAGCAUGCUGAUGCUAUUCCACUGUGGGGCUAGCAGUUAGCCACAUUACAUUACAUUAGCACGUGGAGGACAUCUUGAUGCUGGACUAGCAGUUAGCCACAUUAGCAUAUUGAUGACGUCUUGAUGCUGGGCUAGCAGUUAGCCACAUUAGCACGCUAAUGACAU